ACCUCCAAUCAGCCAGAAGUUCCCGAACCACCUCUGAACCGUUCGCUCGGCCAAGUUGCGAGUGCCGGCAUUUAUGGCCGCGUGCAGCCAGAAGUGUCCGAACCACCUUUGAACCGUUCCCUCGGCCAAGUUGCCAGUGCCGGCAUUUAUGGCGGCAUGCUGGAAUCUUGCGACUAGGAGUACCAUACUGGUGACAACAUGCACAGCGUUCCCGUGGAACCCGAUAACGUGCCCGACGGGUGCCACAGAUGCCUUAGCCUACACAGCAGGACACUGCAACAGAUUCUAACUCAAGUAUAUUGAAAGAACUGGAUAUCGCAUCGUUGAGAGAAGACUUGUGACAAUGAAGCUUAGAGUCAAGUGUGCCUCACGAUGCCGUCAUAAAUCUGUUAAAGGUUCUUCGCUCGUAUUCUUGCAUGUGUGAGCUACCAAGUAGCGCCAGGGUGCUUUUGUCCACACCAAGAGUGCCAAAUGUCACACUACUGCUGGAUUCUGGACAUUAUUGUCAUUUUGGUUUGCGUGAAGGGCUUUAAUCUGCUCUCAGACAUGUUUACCAUGUGCCCAAUGCCUGUGGUCUGUUUUAUGGUCAGGCUCAUCGCACAUACCAGUACCCUCAACUCUUACUGCGGCUGCAGGGCCACACACGGAACCACGCAUGUUUGGCUCAUCGCACAUACCAGUAUCCUCAACUCUUGCUGUGGCUGCAUGGCCACACAUGGAACCGAGCAUGCUUGAUUCAUCUUACAGUCCUGGACCCGCAUAUCUGACCGGGGCUACAAGGUCACAAACAGACCCACAAGUGCUCGCUUUCAUGGAAAGGAUACAACAUGUGUUAAAUAGCAUGAAGCACACCCAGCAAGCCCAUUUGCAAUAUUUCAGCGAGCUGCUAAGUAAUGCCGACAGUGCAGCUCCGCACCCUCUUGGCCUCCCAGACCUGCCUUUCUCGAAUGUGGCGGAUGUUCUUGCGUAUAAAGAGAAGCUCGAGACAGACAGCAAAGCUCAUGAUCAAAUGAAAAGCACAUGGCUGUACAAGGGGGAGAUUCGACGAAACAGAAAGACAUGUGUACUGCAGUCCCUCCUCAGCUGGAAUGCUGCAGUGGGCUUCAGUUGGUUUGGCACAAAGUGA